UACCUAUUGUGAUAUAUGUUCCAGCUCUGGCAUUUAAUCAAGUAACGGGUGUUGAUAUACACGUAAUCACUCCGAUAGUAUGUUUGGUCUGCAUUUUCUACACUAGUGCGGGUGGAUUACAAGCGGUAGUUUGGACGGACGUGAUCCAAAUUACCGCAAUGUUUGGCGCGAUGGCCUUGGUCGCAAUAAAAGGGACCAUUGACGUAGGCGGGAUUGGAGUUGUCUUCCAGAGGAACUUGGACAGCGGAAGGAUUGAAAUGCCGAAUUGGGAUCCGAAUCCUCUGACGCGGCAUACAAUUUGGAGCCUCGUUGUAGGCGGGACUAUCUACUGGCUACAAUCGAAUGCUGUCAACCAGACUAUGAUACAAAGAUAUCUUUCAUUACCGACUUUGCGGGGAGCUAAAUGGGCAGUAUUCCUGUUCUGCAUCGGCAUCUCUGUCCUUUAUUGCUUCUGUCUAUACUGCGGCUUGUUGAUCUACGCAAGGUUUUAUGAUUGCGAUCCUUUGCAGACUAAGUUAGCUAAAGCAAAGGAUCAACUGCUUCCACUGUUAGUAAUGGAUGUUCUCGGCGAGAUCCCUGGAUUACCUGGAGUCUUCAUAGCUGGCAUAUUUAGUGCUGCUCUAAGUUCUUUAUCAACGAGUUUGAAUUCGAUGUCUGCAGUUGUAUUAGAAGAUUUUUACAAACCCUUCUUCAAGAAACCUUUAACUGAUAGACAAGCUAGCUGGAUUAUGAAGGGAGUCGUCAUAAUUCUGGGCACGCUCUGUGUAGGCCUAGUGUUUAUAGUUGAGAAGAUGGGAACCAUCUUACAAUUAACGAUGACGUUAGAGUCUAUGACGAUGGGCCCACAGCUUGGAGUAUUCACGAUGGGAAUUCUUAUGCCCUGGGUAGAUGCUACAGGGGCCUUAGUCGGUGGAGUAAGCGGCCUAGCAGUGAUGUCCUGGUGGUGCCUUACUUCACAACUGGCCAUAGCUAGGGGACAAAUAGUGCACACACACAAGUCCCUAUCUACUGCAGGAUGCACCUACAAUUUCACCGCAGUGGAAGAUGUUGUCGAAGAAACCGUAUUUAGGUUUAAAGGUAGCAUCGGUUCGGGAAUACCGCCGCCGGAAGAUCAUUCCCAAGAUUUGCGUACGGGGCAGAAAGUGUCUCAUGUAGAAAGGACCAAGUCCAAAAGAAGUGAACCCGGUGCUCAGAGUGUCAUACAUGUGGUACACGCUUGCUGGAAUGAUGGUGAGCAUAUGCGUGGGCGCAAUCGUCUCACGGAUCAAUCGUGCGAGAGGAACGCCACACCUACCUCCCGCUCCAUGUCUCCUCGCACCGCAACUGAGAAGAUUAUAUAA